AUGGGCGAAGAGGCUUACAGUGUAGGCGAGGAAGCAAUGGGACGACAGGCAGGAUACAACACUGUUGAUGAUCGUUGUUUGGAUUCAUUUUGCACGUAUGUAAAUCCCUGGCAUGCCAGUUCGGUCGUGGUGAUGGCUGAAGAAGAGGUGCCCACCCAGCUCUGCGCCAAAGGGGACUGGUUCCUGGCGAGCGGUUCUCCCGUCGAUGCCGCCGCCUGUUACACCUCCGCUUUCAGCCUUAGCACCGAGGCGACUGUGCAGCAUGUCAAGUCCUUAGGGGAAGCGGGCCUGGGCGACGUGUUGGCCGUGUUGGAAGGCUGGUGCACCGGCCAAAGCUGGGUGCCAAGCCAGGCCGGCAGCGACGAACCUGCGGUCGAGGCCCCCGUCAGCGUGGGAGUGGCCGCCGUCUUCCUGUCGGCGCUGAGUCCAGGCAACCUGACGGCCUCGGUGCUGAAGACGGACGCGCUGCUGAGAAGCGGGCGGCACCAGGAGGCGGUGAGCCGCUGCAACGCUCUGCUCAACGCUCACCCUAGCCACUCGCUGGCACUGCUGCUGACCAGGGCCCUGGCCUGGGUCCUGUCCGGGAGACACUCGGCCAACGGCGUGCUGGACUACAUGCAGGCCUUCGGCAAGCGGCGGGAAGAGACCGUGGCGUUCGUCGUCCUCCACCAGAAGAGGGAUUUGCCUCAGAUCGUGCGCGCCGUCGCCCGUUACCUCUCGCUGCACGAAGGGCAGCAGGAGCGAGAUGGCUGCGCCGCCGAGCUGCUCGCCGAUUGCCGCCGUUUCCUCUCGCUCGUGGCGCCUCGUGGCGACGGCGCGCGCCCCUUCGAAAAGUGGCGGUUGGCGGAAAGCGCGGGAAGCCCGGAGCUCGCGACGCCACCCUCGGCCGUUGACAGGUCGAAGCCUGGGAAGGUGAAGGGCGCCUCGCUCGUCGUCGAUCGGGCCGCUGCCCUCACGGCCGGGGGUCACGCUGACCGGGAAUUGAUCCACCACUUGGCGUCGGCCUUCGACGGCGGAGCCUCGGGGCGGCCCCAGGCACCUCACGGCGCGCUGGAGCUGGCCAAGCGUCUUGUCGAGGCUCGGUUCUCCGAGUACAGGGAGGCGGUGCGCCGCCGCCCUGACCUGCGAUCCGACGGCGACGCCGAACUCCUGCGUCCCGCCCUCGAAGUUCUCUGGCUGGUGGCCCACGUGGAGCCGGAGGCCAAGCGGGAACUGGAGAUUCGGCUGGCCGACUGCAUGCUCCUCUGCGGGGACGUGCAGGGCUCCCUCCGGCUGUGCCAGCGCCUGAUCGCGUCGGACCCGACCACCUACCACAGCACCAUCCUCGUCCUCCGCGGGUUCUGCCACCUGCACGGCGGUGAACUGACGCGAGCCCUCGAGGAUUUCCAAUCCAUCCUGGAGCACGACCUGCCGCACCCCGGGAGCUGUGUCAAGGCUAUGUGCGGCCGAGGCCUGGUGCGAAUGCUGCGCGGCAGCCCUUACCUGACAGCCCUGGACUACAUCACCGCCAGCAGGCUGCGGUUGGACGAAGUGGCCCUGUUUGUGAAGUCCUAUGUGCCCUGGAACCAGCGAGGUCUCUUGUAUAAGGUGCUGCAGGAAGAGGGGCAGAAAAUCCUCCAGAAGCAAUCCUCCAGCCCCUCGGCCACUACUGCCAUAAGGAAAAAGAGAAGUGGGGAGCAUGGAAGCCAAAAUCCUUCUUUCAAAGAAGGAGAUGCAAUGGGUGUUCAUUAUUUGGCUUUAUUGCUGCUUGAGCUGGAGCCAUCCGAUGAGGUUUCCCAAAUUCUGUCUGCAGAUGCCCUGUACCAGCUCGGUUCUGUGGAAGAAGCUCACAAGUCGUUGCUGGGUUCUCUUGGUAAGAACCCUCAGCAUUCUUCAAUCUUGGCUCGGCUUGCCCUGCUUCAACUGAAAAAAGGCUUUCUGUAUGACGCCAACCAGCUAAUAAAGAAAGUCAUUGAGAUCGGUGAUACUUCCUGCCUCCUGCCCAUAAUGGACAUUUUCAAGUCAGAAGAUCGAGACUUGAUGCAGAAGCAUUGUCAUUCCAGUGCGAUGUCAAUCCUACAAAAUAAGGAAGGUGACACACAUGUAAAGGAAGCAGUGGCCUAUCUCUCUCUGGCCAUAAUUUCAUCAGGAGGCACUGAUGAAGCCUCACUCCUCACCAGAGCACGAUGUUAUGUACAUCUUAACCAGAAGAAAACUGCCAUCUUUGAUUUUGGCACAAUUUUAAAGGCAAACCCAACCCAUGUACAAGCACGAUGUGGACGGGCCUUCAUGUAUGUGAUCCUUAAUAAAAAAAAGGAAGCAAUACAAGACAUUGUAUUAGCUCUACAGGUGGAUCAAAAGUUCGCAAUCCAAGAAAUCUCAUCUCUGAAGGUUGAAGCUCAAAAUCUAAUUAGCUGCUGGCUGCGUGAUCACUGUAUUAGCACUGUAACCAGAAUGGCAGAAGCAAAGGCAAAAGUCUUCAGAGAAGAGCUUGUUAAUCUUCCCGCAAUUGGCCAAUCUCUACUCCUGAUAAAUGGGAGAGAUUCAACCUGGCACAUCCUAUACGUUGAUAUGUUGAUUGCAGAAGAAAUGUAUGAUGAUGCCUUAAAACAUCUGCAGGAAGUUUUUGGACCAGUUCCUAUUGAUGAUGCUGCCUCGGCCAGGUAUGGACUCAUUCAAAUGAAGAGAGAGAAUGUCCAGCAUGCUGUGCAGAAUCUGAGCAUUCUUGCUGAAAAGAACAACAAGGACUUGCAGUUUCUGUUACUGUUCCUGGAUAACAAAUCACGUUGCCAUGUGGCUCAGCCAGAUUCCAUCACCUCCGCCGUCAGGCACCUGUGCCCAACCAAGUCCUGGAGCCAUGCCACUGCUGCUGGAACCGUGUUUCCAUUAUUCAGCGCCAUCCUGCCUCCACUGAUGUCGUCGCUGCCAUGUGUCCACGCUGGUGCGAUCUCAGCAAUGCAGCCGCUGCUGAAGCUGCCGGGACCCAAACUGAGCUCAAACUCAACGCUGGGCCCACCACACCGAAGCAGCCGGUACCUUGGUCUGGAUUACGUUGCUCUCACUGCCACCUCCUGA